GGUGGGGAUCGCACCCCAACCCACAUCCCUUGGCCCGGGUCUCGGGGGAGAAGAGUUCAACGCGGGGCACAUGAAUGAGGCUGUCGUCCCCGGAGCCGGGCCGGAAAUCGGCCCCCGGCCGGAGCGUUGGGUGAACGGUCACCGCUCCGGACCUCGGUCCCCAGGGCUGCUGACCGGCCCGGCCGAGAUGCCCCGGGUGGACCGUGGGCCUGACCUGGAGGAGGAGGAGAAAGAAGACGACGACGUCUUCGGGGAAGGGGUCCCCACCCAGCUCCCCGAAAUGUUGUCGACAGGACCGCAAGUGUUGUCUCCCGGGGGUCCUAAUGGCAUCUUCAGGAGCCAGUCGUUUGCCGGCUUCAGCGGCCUCCAGGAGAGAAGGUCAAGGUGUAAUUCCUUCAUCGAAAACUCCUCGGCUCUCAAGAAGACGCCGACGAAGCCCAAGAAAAUGCAGAAUUUAGCCCACAAAAGCAACAGCUCUCCCAAGGAACCCCAGCCGAAGCGGGUGGAGGAGGUUUAUGGAGCCUUGAAGUGUGGUCUCAACGAAUACCUGGAGGUCCAUCAGGCUGAACUGGACAAGCUGAACUCUCAGUUAAAAGACAUGAAGAGGAACUCCCGCCUGGGGGUGCUAUAUGAACUGGACAAGCAAAUCAAAGCAAUCGAGCGCUACAUGAGGCGUCUGGAGUUUCACAUCAGCAAGGUGGAUGAGCUGUAUGAAGCCUACUGUAUCCAAAGACGCCUUCAAGACGGGGCCAGCAAAAUGAAGCAGGCGUUUGCCACAUCGCCGGCCAGCCGGGCGGCCAAAGAGAGUUUGAUUGAAAUCAACAGAAGCCACAAAGAGUACACGGAGAAUAUGUGCACCAUUGAAACCGAGCUGGAGAACUUGCUUGGGGAGUUUUCCAUUAAGAUGAAAGGCCUAGCUGGAUUUGCUCGCCUCUGCCCUGGAGAUCAAUACGAGAUCUUCAUGCGCUACGGCCGACAGCGGUGGAAGCUGAAAGGCAGGAUUGAGGUGAACAGCAAGCAGAGCUGGGAUGGAGAGGACACCGUGUUUGUACCCCUGAUCGCCGGGCUGAUUUCCAUCAAGGUCACGGAGGUCAAGGGGUUGGCGACCCACAUCCUGGUGGGCAGUGUCACCUGUGAGACCAAAGACCUGUUCGCCGCCCGGCCCCAGGUAGUGGCCGUGGACAUCAACGACCUGGGAACCAUCAAGCUGAACCUGGAGAUCGUCUGGUACCCGUUCGACGUGGAGGAGGUGACUCCGUCGGCCGGCAGCGGGAACAAGGCCUCGGCCCUGCAGAGACGGAUGUCCCUGUACAGUCAGGUCUCCCCGGACACCCCCACCUCCAAGGAGCAGGCCUUCUUCGCCACGUUGCCGGAUGAGAUCUUUGAGAACGGGGGGGCCGCAACGGUGAAGUCCCCGGUGCUCCGCCUCAGCGACCCGUCCCACGGGCACCGCACCCCUCCUCCCGCCGCCUCGGCCCACCCCGAAAUCACCGUGACCCCCGCGGGCCCGGCAUCCCCGGAGGAGCCCCCCGGCGGGGGCCGUCUCUUCCCGGACGGCCCGGACUCGGACGAGGGGUCGGAACUCAAGCCCGUGGAGCUGGACGCCUUCGAGGGGAACAUCACCAAGCAGCUGGUGCGGAGACUGACCUCCGCCAACGGACCGUCCGGAGGCCCGGCCGGCGGGGAGCCGGACGCCGGGAGCCGGACGCCGGACGGGAGCCUGGAGGAGGCUUUCCAGGGGCUCUUCCUCACCCUGGACCCCCACAGGGACCACUACCAGGAAUUCCGGGACCUGAGUCGCGAGGCCACGCGCCUGGACGACGUUCUCAAAAGCAAGUCCCCGCGAGGAGGUCACAGCAGAGGUUCCAGUUUGAGCCUCGCCGUUGAAAGCGCUUUAGAAAGCUUUGACUUCCUCAACACCUCUGACCUGGAGGAGGAGGAGGACGAGGAGGAAGAUGACGGCGGCGCUAGGGUUUGCGCCAUCCGAGGAGUCGACGAUUCCGUGUUUUCCGACAGCGAGACGGAGAAGAUGAGCUUCAGACCAGACCCCCUGGACGGCCGGGCCCACCUCAGCGAGGCGCUUACCGAAGACACGGGGGUCGGGACCAGCGUGGCUGGCAGCCCCCUCCCUUUGACCUCCGGAAACGAGAGCCUGGACGUGGCAAUCGUCGGGCACUUGCGAUACUGCACGCAACUUGUGCAGCGUGUUGUCUUCUCGAGCGAGGCCCCGCCGGUAGCCAGGAGCCUCCUGCGGAAACUGCGUCAGCAGGUGAAGGUGAUGGGGACGCUGGCCGCCCUCAGCCACGAGGACGACGACGACGGCUCGCUUCUGGAAGCCAUCCCAGAUUUUCCCGAGAAGUCGGGGCUCCUGGCCUUCUGGACCGCGUGCUGUCGCCCGCCGGAAAUGUACCACGCCUCAGCGGCCCGGGUCCUGGCCCAGCUGGAUGCCACCUUUGCCCGGACGCUCGACGCCCAACACCCGGGGUUUGCGGACGCGGCUUUCCGGAUGCUGGUGGCCCAGAUCCUGGACCACGCGGAGAUGCUGCUGCCCGCGAGCCUGGGCGCGGAGCCCGUCACGGUGUUCCAGUAUCACGGCUACUUGGCCAGCCGCGGGGUAGACGACCUGCAGGCCCACCUGGCCCAGCUGGCACGGCAUGCCUCCGCCAUCCAAGCACUGCAGACCCGGAGCGACGUGGGGCCACUCUGGGAGGCCGAGGGAGGCCCGGUGGCCCAGGAGGACAUUCUGCGAGCCCUAGCCUCGCUCCUGGCCGACAGGGACGACGACCACGACGAGGUCAGCCAAACAGUAGCCCGGCACCUGGCAGCCGCCUCCGAGAACCGGGCCUUCCGGGAGAAGGCGACGCUCUACUACUGUGAAGAACUGACCAAAGCAAACGUCCGGCUCCAGAAAUCAGCCUGCCUGGCCCUGAGGAGCCUCCAGGCCACCGAGGGCACGGAACUGCUGGUGAUGCUGUGCCACUCCGACCGGGAAGACAUCCGGAAGCUGGCCUCCGAGACCUUGCUGUCUCUCGGGGAAGACGGGCGCCUGGCGUACGAACAGCUGGACCGGUUUCCCCGGGAACGCGCUCCCAUUGGAGGUCACCGUGGGAACGGAGGAGCAGAAACGAUGUCCUGACCCUUCAAGACAUCUCCGCAGGCCACCGGACGAUCUCUGUAACCAAGGGUGGUACAUUUCUGGUAGAUUCCCAGAAAUGGCCAAGCGUAGCGGGAUGCAGAGGUGGCUGGGAACCUCAGUGAUUCAUCAAAAGAAGAAUCGCCAGCCUGGAUCCCGAACGGCAUUUGACCGUUCCCUCCGGAAAGAGACCGCGGGGUGGGUUUGUUUAAAACGUUUUACAGCGACGGGUUCUGCCCACAGGUCUCUGCUCGGUCUCCAUUUCGUAGCGUUUCGGAAUUGGGCGUCUUACAGGAUCCCGGUCUUUUCUUUUCUUCCCUCUUUGGUUGAAGCUGUUGGGCCAUCUUGAAACGGAAUUAGGCGAUGCUGUGUUUACGAAAGGGAGAACGGAGGAGGUGAGGAGGUGUUACCAGCAGAAAGCCUUUCUCUCCAAGCUGUGAUAAGUGUCAGGUGCCGGCUGGCUGCUCUUUAUCCCGUCCUGGGAUUGAUUGACUUCUGUUGCAUCAAACCCAAAGCAUCAGAAAACAGCUUUUUUCCAGUCGCGUUUUGCCUUUCCGAAACCCAGCUGGAUACCUCCGGAAAGAUCUAAAUGGAAAGGCGUUGUUUCUUCCGGGCCCUUUGGAUUUCUUUUGUCUCCUCGCUCCAUCACGCCGACGGUUUUGAAGUGUUUCUUUUGUUGCUCUGCUUCUGUUCGAUCCAAGGGAAAGGCUGAUACCCUCUGAGCUGGUCCACUCACCCUUCUCUUCGCAGAAGAAAACGCGGCAGCGACUUGCUGAAAUUCUUACACUGUUCACACCCCUUGACUUCCAGCUGCGACACGGGGGCCAAAUGGAGCUUGGUGAAGUGGGUAGAGGAAGACGGAGGCGGGAAGGGGGGCCAAGGGGGUUUAAAAUCCCGGCCUUUAAAAUUUCGGGAGAAAACUAGGGAGCGUCGUUCAGUUGAGGGAUGGUAACCCGACCGCAGGCCGCUCAGGACGAAAUACACCCGUUCGUGGGGGCUGUUGAAGAAACACGUUUCAGCCACAAGCGAAAAUUACAGGCGAGGCGGAUAGUUCAGCUGUGAAGGGCCGCAAUGUACAUAGAUCUGUAUAUUUUUAUUUUAGCUGUAUAUAGAUCUCCACCGCACUGAAAGGUACCCUGCUAUAGCCUAAAAUGUUUACUAAGCCAAGGGAGGAAAUGGUUCUUUUAAUGGAAGGCUGUCUAGUCUUGUCACAGGGUUUUUUUUUUAAUAUUCCUCCUAUUGCAUGAGGUUUUAAUUCCUUCUCUUUCAGCCCUGACCUUCUAAAUCGUCACAUUUGUACCUACGGGGUUUCUGGCUGUCCGUGUCUUAAUAAAGAUUAUUUUUGAAU